UGGCUUUGUCACUGUCAGGCGUCAGGCGUCAGCAGCUGACAGCUGUAUUGACUCUAAAUUUUAAAAUAAGAUUUUUGAAUUUGAAAUGAAAAUGCCCAUCCCAUAGAUGCCGGUGCGAUUUCAAUAUUAUUUGAAAUGUAUUAAUAAUUAAUAAUGGAGAUUAAAGAUUUAAAUUACUGCAACAUGAAUACAAAUACUAUAGAAAUUAGUUCUGACGAUUCAGACGACGACCAUAAGAAUGAAAAUCGUUACUUACCGAAACCGGACACAAGUCCCAUGGAGGAAGAUUCUUCUUCUUCUUCUUCAUCUUCUUCUUCUUCAGAAGACUCCGAAGACAGUGUUUUCCCAUCUACAAGUCAGACUACUACUGUUACUAAAAGUUCUCAAGAAAGUAGAAGCAGUAAAACAAGAAAAACAAAAUCUCGUAGUUCAGAAAAUAAAAAGAUAUCAGCAGCUGAGAGGCAAGCUUUAAAGAAGAAGAUGGCAGUAGAGAGGAAGGCAGCAAAAGAUGCUAACAAAGUUUACAAACCUGGAGAAUGCAUGAAGCACAUGACAAUAGAGAUGCAUCCAGUGCUGUUGGAGUCAUGGUACUGUGCUGAUGUUGCCCGGGAGGCUGCAGCCAGCGGAGUGAAGGUUAGGGCUUCGUCGGCAAUCUGCGACCCGAGCCUUGUGCUGUGGACUAGGACUGUGCCACCAACACUUACAAAUAAUGAUGGAAUGAUGGAACUGUCAGCGCCGCGGAUGCCGUGCGAGCGCGCGCUGUACGUGCAGCGGCUCGACGAUGCGGCGCCGCUGGUCGCUGCCCGCUCGCUAGCGGACAGCGCGCGGCAAGCGCGAGCGCUGGCCGGCUGCCCCCUCACGCUCGUGCUCUAUGGAGUCAAAGACUAUUUCAAGAAGUCCGGUCGUAAAACAGUGAAUAGCAGCAACAAAAUCAUAUCAGAGAAAGACUUGGAAGAAGCUAUUACAGACGUGCUGGUGAGCGCCGCGUGCGACACGGUGCGCGCCGACACGCCCAACGAGCUGGCUCUCACCAUCGUGCGCUUCACCAAAGCCGUCGCCGAGACGCCCUACAAGAAAGCUCGUCGCGCCGUGGACGAGCGCGCCGAGUUCUAUAUGCGCGGCGACAACAAGAAGUGCGUCGCUGUCGACAAAGAUGGUAACGGUCUGGGGCGGCUGUGGCAGCAGAUGCUGGCCGUGCUGCCGAUGGCCAGCCUGGAGUCGUCGCGGGCGCUGUGUGCGCGCUACCGCUCGCCUCUCGCGUUGUUCGAGACAUUGCUCGCUCCUGGUGGAGUGGCCGCGGUGGCCGACGUCGGCGUGACGCGCGCCGCCGCGCCGGGCAGCAAGGCGCGCCGCAUCGGACCCGAGUUCGCGAGGAAGUUGGAAUUACUGUUUACGGCCACAGAUGGAAGCACUUUGAUAGACUGAUUUAUAGAGUAUUUCUUUGUAAUGUCAAGUCAAAAUAAAUGAUUAUUUCUUCUC